AUGAGCGAUGAUUUGAGCGCAUGGGAAAACGCGACGACGGGAGGUGUGACGGUGAGUGUCCCUGCCGUGGAGGCAGGUGGGGAGAGGUCUGCGAGGCUUUUCCCCCAGGGUGGGUGAUAUUCUGUAUUGCAUGCCUCCCUCCAGAGAGACAGAGAGGUCUCCCCACUUCCCCCCACACCGGCUCUGGAUAGGAGAGUUCAGGUUGGGCCCAGGUCGGAAAUGCCACCAAAGUUUUGGCAGGAGUAGCUGUGGGAGUUGCUGGCUUGUGAGCCUGCAGGAGAGAAACUCCCUUUUGCCCGGUGGAUCCUGACCCUGUUUGAUCUGCCCAGCCUAGGCAAUUUUUGCUAAUGCAUUCAGCUGGGGAGCCAGCGAGGACCGGUCCAUCAUCUCCCGGGGUUGUUGUAAUCGGAGCAUGGUGCUGCUGAUGCUAAUGUAUUUUAAAAUCUGAGGCUCCCAGUACGUUUCCGAGCACAAUUCAAAGUGUUGGUGCUGACCUUUAAAGCCCUAAACGGCCCAGUAGACCUGAAGGAGCAUCUCCACCCCCAUUGUUCUACCCGGACACUGAGGUCCAGCGCCGAAGGCCUUCUGGCGGUUCCCUCCCUGCGAGAAGCCAAGUUACAGGGAACCAGGCAGAGGGCCUUCUCGGUGGUGGCACCUGCCCUGUGGAACGCCCUCCCACCAGAUAUCAAAGAGAACAACAACUACCAAACUUUUAGAAGACAUCUAAAGGCAGCCCUGUUUAGGGAAGCUUUUAAUGUCUAAUAGGUUAUUGUAUUUUUGUGUUUUGUUGGAAGCUGCCCAGAGUGGCUGGGGGGACCCAGCCAGAUGGGCGGGGUAUAAAUAAUAUAUUAUUAUUAUUAUUAUUAUUAUUAUUAUUAUUAUUAAUUAAAAAUAUUACCUGCCCCCCCCCACUAAAGCCCCAGGGCAGGUUGCAACUGAAAACACCAAUAUUAGAAACGAUUUAAAACAAUUUUGCGAAUCGAGGGCAAGUUCUCAAUCGGCAUUGCUUUGGCCUAGCGUGGAGGGAAGAAAUUAUUUCCUGGGCCCACGAGUCUUGGGAAGGAUGGCUGGUCCAUCCAGCUACAUAUUGUCUGCACCGACUGGUAGCAGCCCUUUGGGGUUUCAGGCAAUGGGCUUUUCCAGGCCUACUCAAAGUCCUGAGCAAAAGGCUCAGAUUUAAAUAGGAAACGGUUCGAAUCUCAGUCAGGCCUUUGGUCCACCUAGCUGAUUUAUACUGACGGAGCUGCGGUAUUGUGAAAUCAUGGCAAAAAUAAGUAAUUGUUGUGGGUGGUGCCUCUGAGCAUAUGCAGAGUGCCUUUGCCUUGCCCCUCUGCCACCAAAGCUCACCAGUAGAUGAAUAAAAAGCAAAGGCAUCUAGGUUUGGAGUUUGCGGCUUCUGUCUGCAUCACCCGCUCUCUUAAUCUAGAGCAGCGGUUCCCAACCUGUGGGUCCCCAGAUGUUGUUGGACUACAACUCCCAUCAUCCCUGAGCUCUGGCCUCACUAGCCCGGGGGCCGGAUCUGGCCCAAUCGCCUUCUCAAUCCAGCCCGCGGACGGUCCGGGAAUCAGCGUGUUUUUACAUGAGUAGAAUGUGUCCUUUGAUUUAAAAUGCAUCUCUGGGUUAUUUGUGGGGCAUAGGGAUUCAUUCAUAUAUUUUUUCCAAAAUAUAGUCCGGCCCCCCACAAGGUCUGAGGGACAGUGGACCGGCCCCCUGCUGAAAACGUUUGCUGACCCCUGAUCUAGAGGUUCUGUGCUACAACUCCCGGGAUUGGCUAGCGCUGAUGGGGAGUUGUAGUUCAAAAAACCAGUUGUGGUUUUUGAUCACAUGAUGCCUUUUUUGACUUCGCUAGUAUCUGGGAAUAUUUUUGGGGUGUCUGUGGAGGAAGCCAACCUCAUUCGGUAGAGCAGGAUAUUCUUAAUCUCAGGGUUGUGGGUUCAAGCCCCAGGUUAGGCAAAAGAUUCCUGCAUUUCAGGGGGUUGGGCUAGAUGAUUUUUGAGGUUCCUUCCAGCUUAUGAUUCUUUAGGAAAAGGGAACCCUCGAAGGGUUUUCUGCUGAAUCCGCUGCUGCUUGUGUUGCAAGCUGUUGCAGAUUUCCGCAGCCGGGCAUCUUCCCUUGCUGAGGGCGCUUGCCUGGCACGCAGAUGGACCCGGGUUCAAUCCUGCCCACCGCCAGUCGGAAACAGACCCAAGCCACGUGCGUUCGCAGAAGGCAGUUGUUGGCUUCCAAAUCUGCAGGAAAUGCUUUGGAUAUGUCGUUUGUGAAAGUAAGGACUGUUGCUUGGGAUGCAGACAGGGCUGAGUCCCCUCCUAUCUCUGCACAUUUCCCUUUUCCGAAACAAUUCGGAACUCUGCGCUGAGGACUAGCUGGUUGCUGAGUCAUCAGUAAGCGACAGUCCCAUGGAAGGGGCCCGAGGAUUUAAUGCGGUCAGCCACUGACUUGAGCACUGACUCAGCUACCGCCCACCACCACUGCUGGCCCUGGAGUCGUAGAAUUGUAGAUUUAGAAGAGACCAACAGGGGUCAUCCUGUCGAAUGCAGGAGUGUUUUUGCCCAGCGGAGGACUCGAACCCACAACUUGAGAUAUUCCAGUUUUGCACAUGAUCGCAGAAGAAUCAGAGAAGGGGUUCCCAGGGGUCUACUCUCUGCAGUGCAGGAAUCGCAGCUUCACGGGCCCAAACUUAAGUUGGGAGCUUUGACCUCAACAGGUAGAAAUCUAACAGACUGAAAGUUCUGGGGUCUUUCUCUCUGUGCUGGAAAAAGCUCUGGGUACCUGAAUCUUUGGCUGCUAAGAGCCCUUCAUCAAAGACCUCUUUCAGGGGGUAAAAGGUAAAGGGACCCCUGACCGUUAGGUCCAGUCGUAACCGACUCUGGGGUUGCGGCGCUCAUCUCGCUUUACUGGCCGAGGGAGCCGGCGUACAGCUUCCGGGUCAUGUGGCCAGCAUGACUAAGCCACUUCUGGCGAUCCAGAGCAGCGCACGGAAACGCCGUUUACCUUUCCGCCAGAGUGGUACCUAGUUAUCUACUUGCACUUUGACGUGCUUUCGAACUGCUGGGCUGGCAGGAGCAGGGACCGAGCGACAGGCGCUCACCCCGUCGUUGCAGGGAUUCGAACCGCCGACCUUCUGAUCGGCAUGUCCUAGGCUCUGUGGUUUAACCCACAAUUGCAAAUUAUUACUGGGCAAUAAUAAGAAUAAAUUGUUGUUGUUCUUACUGGUAAAGGUAAAGGGAUCCCUGGCCAUUAGGUCCAGUCGUGACUGACCCUGGGGUUGCGGCGCUCAUCUUGCUUUAGUUCCUACUGGUAUCUUAUUGUUAUUUUAUGAAUAUAGUGCCAGCACUGAGCAUCAGCAAUGAGCACAUAGAAUUAUAGAAUCCUAGAGCUGGAAGGGACGCCAAGACCAUCUAGUCCAACCCCCUGCAAUGCAGGAAUCUUAACACAUUUAAGUGAAAGGAUCACUGCCCCAGGGAGAACAGAUUCAUUGCACAGUGGAAUCAACUGGAGUGGGGUGGGAAGAAGUUUUGAGUUUUGAGGAUGGAGGGUCAGGGAAGGGCACAGAGUUCUUAAAACUGCAAAGUUGGAAGGGGUGAUUUGAGUCCAAUCUCUUUCCUCGUGAGAACCUUCUGAGGAGGGUGCCCGUUGCAUCUCUGCGUGCUUUGUAACCGUGCUGAGACCGCUGACUCGUGCAGAGACAUGGGGGAGCCAUCUCUCAAGGGCAGGCAAUUCUUGAUUUUGCACACCCUAAACUUGUGUGUGAAAAAGUGAAGAGUGUCUCCAUCUCUCUCUCCCCCCCAGUGGUGGAGAAAUGUGCCCUCAUACUGCCAGGGAAUAUAUAUACCAUAUUUUUCGCCCCAUAAGACGCACCAGACCAUAAGACGCACCUAGUUUUUGGAGGAGGAAAACAAGAAAAAAAAUAUUCUGAAUCUCAGAAGCCAGAACAGCAAGAGGGAUCGCUACGCAGUGAAAGCAGCGAUCCCUCUUGCUUUUUCUGGCUUCUGGGAUAGCUGCGCAGCUUGCAUUCGCUCCAUAAGACGCACACACAUUUCCCCUUACUUUUUAGGAGGGAAAAAGUGAGUCUUACAGAGCAAAAAAUACGGUAUAUUUUUCUGAGUCUCCUUGCUGUGGAGGUAGCUUGUACAGAACAAGGGUGAGGAAACUCAACUCCAUCGGCUCCCCUCACCCUUUGCACCCAUAUACCGUGUCUUUUUAUUUUCCUCUCCCUUCCCUCCUUUCCCCCCAAAAAAUCCCACCUUCCAGACGGUGCCUGGCGAAGUGAAGACCCACGAUGGGUAUUUCCUGCUUCUGAUACUUCUCUCCAUCUUUAUCGGGGGCACUCUGGUGCUUCUCUUUGGCAUCCUGAUCGUCUGCCGGCGAUGCUGCGAGGCCGACCGGCGACACUCCAGGUAACUGGGUGUGGGGAGCAGAACUGGAACCCUAAGAUGGGGAGGUCACACUGCGCAAGGCCAGUUCUGCAAUCAAUACAGAGGGUUAUGCAGAGUCAAGAGAGGCUUGGUCUGAGCUCUGGUCUUUUUCCCUAGCCGCAAAGUAAGAUUCUAGACCUCAUUGAUUUCAAAGACGACUGCUUUAACCACAGGACUUUCAUAGAGCCACAGAGUUGGACAGGACUGCCUCCAGAUGUCUUCUAAAAGAAGGUUCUGUAGUUCUGAAGGAGCGUCUCCACCCCCAUCGUUCUAUCCGGACACUGAGGUCCAGCACCGAGGGCCUUCUGGCGGUUCCCUCCCUGCGAGAAGCCAAGUUACAGGGAACCAGACAGAGGGCCUUCUUGGUGGUGGCGCCUGCCCUGUGGAACGCCCUCCCACUACAUGUCAAAGAGAACAACUACUACCAGACUUUUAGGAGACAUCUGAAGGCAGCCCUGUUUAGGGAAGCUUUUAAUGUUUGAUGCAUUACUGUAUUUUAAUAUUUUGUUGGAAGCUGCCCAGAGUGGCUGGGGAAGCCCAGCCAGAUGGGCUGGGUAUAAAUAAUAAAUUGUUGUUGUUGUUGUUGUUCGUCUCCUUGACAUCAGUCUAGUUCUUGGAGGGACCUGUGCCACGAAACCCAUUGUGCAUUGUUUUUUUAAAAUAAUAAUAAUAAUAUUGGGCUGUUCGUUACUUCCUGGCCUACCUCGCAGGCUUGAAGGUGUGUGUGAAAAUGAAGCCAUUUGGGCGAAGUUGGUAAAAAAAUGAUAGAUAGAUAGAUAGAUAGAUAGAUAGAUAGAUAGAUAGAUAGAUAUAGAUACAGUGGUGCCCCGCAAGACGAAUGCCUCGCAAGACGAAAAACUCGCUAGACGAAAGGGUUUUUCGGUUUUGCGUUGCUUCGCUAGACAAAUUUCCCUAUGGGCUUGCUUCGCAAGACGAAAACGUCUUGCGCUUUUUUUUUAAAGCCGCUUGAAGAGGCGCAGUUGCGACGGACCGUGCUUCGCAAGACGAAAAACAUCGCAAGAUGAAAAGACUCGCGGAACGAAUUCUUUUCGUCUUGCGAGGCACCACUGUAGAUAGAUAGAUAGAUAGAUAGAUAGAUAGAUAGAUAGAUGAUAGAGUGGUACCUCGGGUUAAGUAAUUAAUUCGUUCCAGAGGUCCGUUCUUAACCUGAAACUGUUCUUAACCUGAAGCACCACUUUAGCUAAUGGGGCCUCCGGCUUCUGCCGCGACGCUGGAGCACGAUUUCUGUUCUCAUCCUGAAGCAAAGUUCUUAACCUGAAGCACUGUUUCUGGGUUAGCGGAGUCUGUAACCUGAAGCGUAUGUAACCCGAGGUACCACUGUACACAGCAUAUUCCCUUAAUAUGCAAAUCAUGGCUUAUGCAAACCUAGAGCUAUUCAGCACAGGUUUUUCCUAGACCUUUUCCAUCUCACUCUGUUGCGUACGCCUUUUUCAAGGUUUUCCCCCCGCCCACCUCCUUCUUCUCUUUCUUUUUUCCAGAGCCAGCGAUGACCCCGAGAAAACAAACACUACCUAUCUGGAUGACUCCCAGCCGGCUCAAGGUGAGAUGCUUGCUUGCUUUACUUUCAAAAGUGGGCAGGGCUUGCUGCAUCCUUUUCUAUAGGCAGCUCUGGUGGUACCCGCUCUGGUUGCUAGGGCCCGUUGCCCUGGAAACGGUUGCUCUCAUUCUCUCUCUCUAUUCUUUUCUUCCUCCUGUUGCAUCUCCUGGUACCGAACCCAGCACCUCUCCAGGGAUGUUGCCUCUCUGGUUUAAUUCCUCCCCCCCUCCCCAGAAAGCCUAUCAGUGGGGGGGGGAUUUGGAGGAGGGGUUUAGAUCAGGCCCAUAGCAUCCUUGGCGAACUGGGGGAAACGACCCGAGUGCGACAGCAGCUCUCCCCUCCUGCGGUUUCUAGGACUUGCUGAUCAGAAGGUCAGCGGUUCGAAUCCCCGCAAUGACGGGGUGAGCUCCUGUUGCUCGGUCCCUGCUCCUGCCAACCUAGCAGUUCGAAAGCCCGUCAAAGUGCAAGUAGAUAAAUAGGUACCGCUCCGGCGGGAAGGUAAACAGCGUUUCCGUGCGCUGCUCUGGUUCACCAGAAGCGGCUUAGUCCUGCUGGCCACAUGACCCGGAAGCUGUACGCCGGCUCCCUCAGCCAGUAAAGCGAGAUGAGCGCCACAACCCCAGAGUCGUCCGUGACUGGGCCUAAUGGUCAGGGGUCCCUUUACCUUUACCUUUACCUUUAGGUCUAAACCACAGAGCCUAGGGUUUGCUGAUCAGAAGGUCAGUGGUUUGAAUCCCCGCGAGAUAUGUUAAGCCUUUGUUUGUUAUAAUAUUGCUCUAUUUGCAAUCCUUGUUUUGCUGAUUUCAUUUCAUAUUCUAAUUUUCUGAGAUUGUUAAUUUGGGGUUUUCAUCAGCUGUAUGCCACGAUCAUCACAAUGAUAACAAAUAAAGGCUUGACAUAUUUCGCUUUGCAUGUCAUCAGUCUCUCUCAUAUAUUAGUUUCACCUUUUAAGUUGAAUUACUGAGAUAAAUUAACUUUUCCACAAUAUUCUAAUUUUCCGAGUUUCACUUGUAACUCUGGGAUUUUGCUAGCUAGGAUGGGUGGGUUUCAUGGAGGAUGAAGUUAAUGGACUAUGCAGAAUUAGAUAAACUAACAGGAAGGAUUCGAAACCGGCGAGACCAGAAAUUCACAGAAGACUGGAGUAAAUUUACGGACUAUUUGAAAAGUAAUUGUGAAGAACAGACGACGUUUGUAGGGUUGCAAGAAGUUUUGUGGGGAGUAUUAUUGGAAGUAUUGUAAAAAUGGACAAGGGGGAGGAUGAUUUGUUAAGAGAUGUAAAGGCAAUAUAAAGUUAAGAAAUGGUGGUUAAAACGGUGGAUCAUCAGAGGUGCUGACGGAAGUCUAAAAGGAUGGUAUAAGUGAUAAGUUUUGUGGUACGUUUUAUAAUUUAUAUGUUAAAAUUAAUAAAAAAUAUUAUAAAACAAAAAUGAUGGGUGGGUUUCUAAAAACCCCGCCAUUGCCUCCCCUAGAUAUCACCAUCAAGGUGGAUGACCCUGACUGCAUGUCCAGUUCCAGUUACCGAGACGCGGAGAGCGAGAGAUUCCUCUCUUCCGGAAGCGCCACGGGGCGACGGGUGUCCUUCAACGAGGCGGCCCUCUUCGAGCAGAGCAAGAAGACCCAGGAGAAAGGGAGGAGGUAGGCGGGGGUCCUGGGUUCGAGAGAGAAGUACGGUUAGUACGUAUGUUGUUGUUUAAUCGUUUAGUGUGUCUGGCUCUUCGUGACCCCCUGGACCAGAGCAUGCCAGGCCCUCCUGUCUUCCACUGCCUCCCGCAGUUUGGUCAAACUCAUGCUGGUAGCUUCGAGAACACUGUCCCACCAUCUCGUCCUCUGCCGUCCCCUUCUCCUUGCGCCCUCCAUCUUUCCCAGCAUCAGGGUCUUUUCCAGGGAGUCUUCUCUUCUCAUGAGGUGGCCAAAGUCUUGGAGCCUCAGCUUCAGGAUCUGUCCUUCCAGUGAGCUCUCAGGGCUGAUUUCCUUCAGAAUGGAGAGGUUUGAUCUUCUUGCAGUCCAUGGGACUCUCAAGAGUCUCCUCCAGCACCAGAAUUCAAAAGCAUCCAUUCUUCGGCAAUCAGCCUUCUUUAUCGUCCAACUCUCACUUCCAUACAUCACUACUGGGGAAACCAUAGCUUUAACUAUACGCACCUUUGUCGGCAAGGUGAUGUCUCUGCUUUUUUAGAUGCUGUCUAGGUUUGUCAUCGCUUUUCUCCCAAGAAGCAGGCGUCUUUUAAUUUCGUGGCUGCUGCCACCAUCUGCAGUGAUCAUGGAGCCCAAGAAAGUAAAAUCUCUCACUGCCUCCAUUUCUUCCCCUUCUAUUUGCCAGGAGGUGAUGGGACCAGUACGUAUACGUUUCAACUUUUUAAAAAAUACAUAUUUUUCAUUGAUUUUCCAACAGCGGCCUCGCUAUAACGAUACCAAUUAACGCCAAAUUCUACAAUUUUAUCAAACUGCCCCCCCCAAGUGGAUGAGUUCAUUCUUCUACCGUUUUUCUUCCAAAAUUUAAAUAAAUUCCUAUUCCGUUCAGAUAUGAUAAUCCUUUAUAUAAGGGAUCGUCUUUUUUAAAAAAAAAUUAAUCCCCGCAGCAGCCCUGUGAUGUAAGGACCAGCUGAGAGGCUGUAGUCCCUUGAUGGGUUUGAGGGCUGGGUUGGGAGGACUUGAACCCUGUACAAUGCAUGGGGGUCAGACUAGAUGGGCUCUGAGGUGGCCCCCAAGGCCUGUGAUAAGCCUGUUUUGCGGCUCUGGGUCAGUAUUUCUCUCCCAGGAUUGCCUACCUUCUGGAGGCAAAGGAAGGUUUCUACCAUUCAGUGAUGGGACUUGGAGAAAAAUAUUCAAGUUUUUGGGUUUUUGUGGGGUUGGAGAGACAGUGUGCCAGAGAUGGCAGGGGCUGAUGGGAAAUCGUGGUCCAAAAUGGCCGUUCUGGCAGGGGCUGAUGGGAAUUCAUGGUUCAAAAUGGCCGUGCUGGCAGGGGCUGAUGGGAAAUCAUGGUUCAAAAUGGCCGUUCUGGCAGGGGCUGAUGGGAAAUCAUGGUCCAAAAUGGCCGUGCUGACAGGGGCUGAUGGGAAAUCUUGGUCCAAAAUGGCUGUGCUGGCAGGGGCUGAUGGGAAAUCAUGGUCCAAAAUUACCAUACCUGAGGGAAAUCAUGGUCCAAAAUGGCCGUUCUGGCAGGGGCUGAUGGGAAACCGUGGUCCAAAAUGGCCGCCCUGGCAGGGACUGAUGGGAAAUCAUGGUCCAAAAUGGCCGUACUGGCAGGGACUGAUGGGAAAUCAUGCUCCAAAAUGGCCGUUCUGGCAGGGACUGAUGGGAAAUCAUGGUUCAAAAUGGCCGUUCUGGCAGGGGCUGAUGGGAAAUCAUGGUCCAAAAUGGCCGUGCUGACAGGGGCUGAUGGGAAAUCUUGGUCCAAAAUGGCUGUGCUGGCAGGGGCUGAUGGGAAAUCAUGGUCCAAAAUUACCAUACCUGAGGGAAAUCAUGGUCCAAAAUGGCCGUUCUGGCAGGGGCUGAUGGGAAACCGUGGUCCAAAAUGGCCGCCCUGGCAGGGACUGAUGGGAAAUCAUGGUCCAAAAUGGCCGUACUGGCAGGGACUGAUGGGAAAUCAUGCUCCAAAAUGGCCGUUCUGGCAGGGACUGAUGGGAAAUCGUGGUCCAAAAUGGCCGCCCUGGCAGGGACUGAUGGGAAAUCAUGGUCCAAAAUGGCCGUACUGGCAGGGACUGAUGGGAAAUCAUGCUCCAAAAUGGCCGUUCUGGCAGGGACUGAUGGGAAAUCGUGGUCCAAAAUGGCCGUCCUGGCAGGGACUGAUGGGAAAUCAUGGUCCAAAAUGGCCGUACUGGCAGGGACUGAUGGGAAAUCAUGCUCCAAAAUGGCCGUCCUGGCAGGGACUGAUGGGAAAUUGUGGUCCAAAAUGGCCGUGCUGACAAAGAUUGAGGGAAAUCCUUUCCCUGCCAGGUACACCCUGACCGAGGGAGACUUCCACCACCUGAAGAACGCCCGCCUCAGCCACCUGCCCUUGCCCCCGUCCGCCGCCCUCAAGAUCGUCACCAUCCACGAGUCCAACGAGAACAGCAUCGCCAUGACGCCUCGGCACCCCCCAGCCAAGCCCAGCCUGGCCAUCUUCCAGGUGAGACCCAGAGGAGCCGAGGGGCAGGAUCCCAGUUCUUUAAUUCAUGUUUGUAAGCUUUCUGGGGCAGAGACCCGACUUACUACUUCUAUUUUUACCGCCGCCCAGAGUGGCUCAGGUAACCCAGUCGGAUGGGCGGGGUAUAAGAAUAUUAUUAUUAUUAUUAUUAUUAUUAUUAUUAUUAUUGCUUGGCCUCCCUGAGGACGUCCAUAGAUGCUCAUGAGAAAGAAUUUUGCUGAGGCCUCUCCCAGUUCUUUAAUUCACAUUUGUAAGCCCUCUGGGGCAGAGACCUGUCUUAUUACUUAAUAAUAAUUUACCACUGCCCAGUCAGAUGGGUAGGGUAUAAGAAAUAUUAUUAUUAUUAUGCCUCUCUGAGGGCACCCAUGGCCGCACAGAAGAGAGAAUUUAGCCCAGUUCCUUAAUUCAUAUUUAUUUGUAAGCUUACUGGGGCAGAGACCUGUCUUAUUACCUGCAGAGGCCACAUUUAGCCUUCCCAUGGCUGGUCCUAGAGGCAAACUUUUUGUACGGAAACAGGCAUUUUUGGAAAUGCCUCUUCAGUUUUUACGCCCGCGGGGUGUAAAUUUCCAGGAGGUGUGUGAGUGGGUCGGCAAAGCUAUCCCUAACCCUUUCUCACCUUCAUCCCUUCUUGGUAGCAUCCUUUGCCGGAGACGGCGCUGACCAGCCACGGAACCUGCGCCAGUUCUGCCUUGCCGGGAGACACCUAUAAUUCGACCGUCGAGGCUGGUUCCUCUGCUUCAUCGGAUUCUGGCGAAGGCACCUCGGUACGUCAGCUUAACUGGGGAUAGCCAGAUGCACAAAUUUAGGAUAUUGGGGGGCUCCUGGCAUGUGCAAAAAGGGAUCCUGGGGUCUCGGUAGACUGCAAGUUUAGCAAUGAGACAACCGUGUGAUGCUUUGCUUUUGGGGGACAGGGGGCGGGCAGGUGUGGGGGACUCCCUGGUCCUGAAUGGGGUAACUGUGCCCAGGAAGGACCAAGUGUGCAGCCUGGGAGUCAUUCUGGACUCACAGCUGUCCAUGGAGGCGCAGGUCAAUUCUGUGUCCAGGGCAGCUCCAUCUGGUACGCAGGAUGAGACCCUCCCUGCCCACAGCCUGUCUGGCCAGAGUGGUGCAUGCUCUGGUUAUCUCCCACUUGGACUAAUGCAAUGCGCUCUACGUGGGGCUACCUUUGAAGGUGACCCGGAAACUGCAAUUAAUCCAGAAUGCGGCAGCUAGACUGGUGACUGGGAGUGGCCGCCGAGACCACAUAACACCAGUCUUGAAAGACCUACAUUGGCUCCCAGGACGUUUCCGAGCACAAUUCAAAGUGUUGGUGUUGACCUUUAAAGCCCUAAACGGCCUCGGCCCAGUAGACCUGAAGGAGCGUCUCCACCCCCAUCGUUCUGCCCGGACACUGAGGUCCAUCUCCGAGGGCCUUCUGGCGGUUCCCUCGUGGCGAGAAGCCAAGUUACAGGGAACCAGGCAGAGGGCCUUCUCGGUAGUGGCGCCCGCCCUGUGGAACGCCCUCCCAUCAGAUGUCAAAGCGAUAAACAACUACCUGACAUUCAGAAGACAUCUUAAGGCAGCCCUGUUCAGGGAAGUUUUUAAUGUGUGAUAUUUUAGUGUAUUUUUGGUCUCUGUGGAAGCCGCCCAGAGUGGCUGGGAAAACCCAGCCAGAUGGGUGGGGUACAAAAAAUAAAUUAUUAUUAUUAUUAUGCAGCGGCAAAAAAGCCUAAUGCGAUUCUAGGCCAUAUGAAUGAAUGAAUUUUAUUAUUUCGGUCACAGACCAGCUCCAGCCCACAUCAAGGAAGUCAUAAAACAUGACGGGGAUACAUUUGAAUUUGCAAUUAGGUCUAACAAGGAUGAUACAGAUAUAGCAACAGCUAAAAAAUAAAUAAAUUAAAACUUAGUCAGGGAUGUAGGUGGCGCUGUGGGUUAAACCACAGAGUCUAGGGCUUGCUGAUCAGAAGGUCGGCGGUUCGAAUCCACGCGACGAAGUGAGCUCCCAUUGUUCGGUCCCUGCUCCUGCCAACCUAGCAGUUCAAAAGCACGUCAAAGUACAAGUAGAUAAAUAGGUACCACUCUGGCGGGAAGGUAAACGGCAUUUCCGUGCGCUGCUCUGGUUUGCCAGAAGCAGCUUCGUCAUGCUGACCACAUGACCCGGAAGCUGUACACCGGCUCCCUCGGCCAGUAAAGCGAGAUGAGCGCCGCAACCCCAGAGUCGGUCACGACUGGACCUAAUGGUCAGGGGUCCCUUUACCUUUAUAACAGGGACAAUACAGAUAUGGCAACAGGUAAAAACAUAUAUAAAUUAAAACUUAAAUCCCUAACGUAUAACCUAAAAUUUAUCAUUUAAGGCCUUAAUCGUUAUGAUAGCACAGCUUGUUCCCUACGUUUUAUGGCAGUCGCACAGAAUUUGGCUACCCUGCACAAAUCUUGCACCCUGUUCGAGGGAAUGCCUUGAUUCGGACCACACCUGCGGUCCUGUGUCCAGUUCUGGGAACCCCAUUUUAAGAAAGAGAUUGAAAAGGUGCGCAGAGGAGGGCUUGGAAAAUAGAUGAUGGACAGGUGAUCAAAUACCGGAAGGGCUGCUAGCCGCAUGGAAGAUGGAGCUUGUUUUCUGCUGCUCUCCAGAGCGCAGGAUUCGAACCCGUGUCUUCAAGUUACAAGAAAAGGAGAUUCCGGCUAAACGUCAGGAAGAACUUUCUGACAGCAAGAGCUGUUUGACAGUGGAACGGACUCCUUUGAAAGGGCUCUCCUUCCUUGGACGUUUUUAAGCAGAGGUCGGAUGCCCGCCUGCCAGGGGCGCUUUGGCUGAGAUUCCUGCAUUUCAGGGGGUUGGACUAGAUGACCCGAGGGUCCCUUCCAGCUCUUAAGAUUCGAUGUCUCUGUGCAUCUGUGGAGGGGACCCCAAAUUUGGAGGUUCGAAGCUAAAUCUAAGUAUGAACCCCGUGUUUGCUGCAUCAAACGCUCAGGCCUGCAAAACACAGGCUUUUCGCUGAAAAAAAAACACACCCCAAAAUCCUGGCACGGGUUUAGAGAAGAUCCCAAAUUUGGGGGUUUGUUGUUUAUUUUUCCUGCAGGUUCACUCGGGGGAACCCUGUGAGAGCCAGAAUUACAACAGGAAAAACCCCCAGAAACCCAGAAGACAAAAGUCAAAAGAGAUUCUGUCUCUCACAGCUACGAUAAAACCGACCGUCAAAAUUACGGGCUGGUCGUUUCUUUGCCAGAGGGCAAACGGGCAAAUUGGGCAGGGGGUUCAAAUACUUAUUUCCCUCGCUGUACGUGUUUUGCCGACGUGUCUUCCGUCCUUGCGCCCAGAGGGGAGGCCAUUGUAGAGGGGCACGUCUCUCUGCGUGUUUGAUGCUUAGGGUGGCAUUUCCAUUCGGGUGGCAAAACCGCCGGCCGUUCCUGACCGAUCCCUCCUCCUCCUCCUUCCUUCCUCUCUUCUCAGUCCGACGGCGCCGGCCAGAGUCCCAAAGGUGCUGGAGGGGGCGGGACGGGGGAGCCCCCGCCGGCCCCUGCCCAGGGCGCCGUCCUUCACUUCUUCACCCGCCUACGUCGCCAUGCCAGCCUCGAGGGUGCCGGACCCUACUUUCGGAUCAAGAAAUGGAAACUGGAGACGAGUCAGAGAGCAUCCAGUCUGGACACGAGAGGUGGGUCAUGCCGAUGGAGGGGUGAUACUUUGGCCUGGGGUGGGCGGAUACGCCAUGCUCCUUCUUGGGUAGUUGCCCGGCUGUGCUGGUCCCGUGGGUUAACCGUGCGGCGAGGUCCGAGUCCAAUCCAUAACUGUCAACUUACAGAUUUGAAAAUAAGGGACCAGCAGCCUCGAAAAUAAAGGAUCAGCAGCCAAAAUAAGGGAUCAACAAUUACUUUGAUAAAAUAUAUAUUUUGUUGCGUGCAAAUGGCUUUACAUACCUAUUAGGUCCAUAUAUUACCAUAUAUUCAACACAAAAAAACAGCAACAAUUUGUUGUUGACAAAGCACAGCUGGAAAUAGAAAGGGCUCCAUUACCUUCAGUACCUUAUUUAAGGGACAUCAUCAAUAAGGGACAGCAGCGGGACAUGGCGCGGGGAUAAGGGACUGUCCCACCAAAUAAGGGACGCUUGACAGCUAUGGUCCAAUCCGAGGUCGAGGGUGCAGUAUGGAGGCUGUCCGUCAAAGCUGAAACUGGGUCCAAGGCAGAGGGUCGGGUGAGGUCAGGAGCUCCGGCAGGACAGGGUGCCGGCAGGAACAGGCUACCAACAAUGUUGCUCCCGCAACUUGGGACUGGGGCUGGCUGGCUUUUAUCUGCCCUGAGUCAUAGGGCGGCCCCGAUCCUCUGGCGACUCGCCUCUCCUGGAGGCAAGCCCUCCUCCUGCGGGAACUUGGUUCCCUCCGCCUCUCUGCCCUGAGCCUCUGCAGCCCAGGAGAGGCUGAAGGGCUACCGGACCCAGAGGCAACCUCAGCUUCCCCUGACGGGGCUGGGAGUGGAGCACCUGCAGGCAAUGGGUCCUCCAUCACCUCAGGAGCCAGAGCAGACUCACCUGAGGAUCCAGCACAGGUGAGGACCCUUCAGGCUCAGGCCCCAGCCCCGGCUCAGCUGGUUCUGGAGGCGGGGACUCCUGUGCAGGCUGGGAUCCCUCAGGUUCAGCAUCCGAGUCCGAAUCCCAGGCCAUCACACCUGCUUUGGUGCCCACCUACUCUCACUGGCACGAUUCAAGCAUUGCACCAGUGAACUGGAGGCAUCAAUGCAACCUCUCUUGAUCUGGUGGUCCCUGGGGCAAAAUAAAGCCUUGUAGUCUCUUUAAUUAAGCAUACAGUGGUACCUUGGUUCUCAAACACCUUGGUUCUCAAACAACUUGGAACCCAAACACUGCAAACCCCGAAGUAAGUGUUCUGGUUUGCGAACUUUUUUCAGAAGCCGGACGUGCUCCGUUUUGAGUGUUGUGCUUCUGAUUUGAGUGCCACACAUCCGUUUAGACUGAGGUCUGUCUGGUUUUGCUAUUUAUUUUGCGUUUUUGUUUUUGCGGCUCUUUUUUGUUUCGUUUUUGUGACUGUGUGGAACCCAGUUCAGCUACUGAUUGUGUGACAGCAGUACGUUGUGUAUUGCUUUCCUUUUAUGGAUCCAUGGUCUCGUUAGAUAGUAAGAUUCAUGUCAAAUUCCUGUCAGGGGUUGUUUUUAAAAGUCUGGAAUUGAUUAAUCCAUACUGCAUUACUUUCUAUGGGAAAGCGCCCCUUGAUUUUGGAACGCUUUGGUUUUGGAACGGGCUUCCGGAACGGAUUAAGUUUGAGAACCAAGGGACCACUGUAACGUGUUUCAGGUUUGCGAUAGUGUUGCUGCGGUUGUUCAAAGAAAAUAAAAGAAACAGAGCUUUUUUAAAGCAUUUGUUAAACUCGCUCUGUAAAAAAAAAUACCAUAUUUUUUGCUCUAUAAGACUCACUUUUCCCCUCCUAAAAAGUAAGGGGAAAUGUGUGUGCGUCUUAUGGAGCGAAUGCAGGCUGCGCAGCUAUCCCAGAAGCCAGAACAGCAAGAGGGAUUGCUGCUUUCGCUUCACAGCGAAUAUUUUUUUUCUUGUUUUCCUCCUCCAAAAACUAGGUGCGUCUUGUGGUCUGGUGCGUCUUAUAGAGCGAAAAAUACGGUAUAUCUGAAAACCCGUAGAAUGGAAAGUGACCCCGCCAAAAUAAACUUUGCGGUACAAGCUUAAAGCCAUACCAUUUAAAUUGGCUUAAUCUUGAAGCGUAAUUGGAUGAGAUUGAAGACUAAGCACGCGAGGUCCUGUGCAAGGUAGUAAAAUACUCUUAAGACCUUUCACGGUCUUUGGACUGAGUUGCAUCAACAAGAGAAGCCAUUUUUUUAAUGCAGUAAGAGAGAUGUGUUCAUCAGGAUGAGGCCAUAAUGCCCCCUCUUCCUUCAUGAUUUCACGAUCAUUGAUUAUCUCAGAGAAUUUUUAUAAAGUGAUGUAUCGUCGGUAUUUAACUCGUAAGAAACGAUUAUCCUCCCAUUGCGCUUUGGUGCACAUAUAGGGUUUGCCAUAUUUCAAAAAGUAAAAACCAGGACACACCAAAAGUUGUUGAGUUUUUUACUAGAAAACCCCCCAAAUAGUUUUGCUUUUAUUUAGGAAAACCCAAAAGUUGUUGUUGAUCUUUUUUAUUAAAAAACAAAGACACCAAAACCCCCACGAAUUUUUGAUUGACUUCUCUAAGAUCCAGGACAAAGUGCUCCUUUUUGGACAUCGAUUCCACCUUUGAAAUCCUGGACCUAUGGCAGCCCUAUGUACACAGAGGCUUUAAUUCUGAUCAAGACGUCAUUUUUAUACAGGUGGCGCUGUGGGUUAAACCACAGAGCCUAGGACUUGCCCAUCAGAAGGUCGGUGGUUCGAAUCCCCGUGAUGGACGGGGUGAGCUCCCAUUGCUCGGUCCCUGCUCCUGCCAACCUAGCAGUUCGAAAGCACAUCAAGUGCAAGUAGAUAAAUAGGUACCACUCCAGCGGGAAGGUAAACGGCGUUUCCGUGCGCUGCUCUGGUUCGCCAGAAGCGGCUUAGUCCUGCUGGCUACACGACCCGGAAGCUGUACGCCGGCUCCCUCAGCCAAUAAAGCGAGAUGAGGGCCGCAACCGCAGAGUCGGCCACGACUGGACCUAACGUUCAGGGGUCCCUUUACCUUUACCUCGGGUUAAGUACUUAACCUGAAAACUGUUCUUAACCUGAAGCACCACUUUAGCUAAUGGGACCUCCCGUUGCCGACACCGCACGAUUUCUGUUCUCAUCCUGAAGCAAAGUUUUUAACCCGAGAUACUAUUUCUAGGUUAUCAGAGUCUGUAACCUGAAGCAUAUGUAACCCGAGGUACCACUGUAAUUGCUGGUUGAAUGGACAUCUCUUUUUGCUGGCAGGGCGGGAUUCGAGAAAGGCUUGCCCUUGUCCAAAAUAAUCAUAUUUUGGUUGUCGUCUCUUCUCUUUCUCUCUCCCCCCCCCCCAUGUCGUCCCUCCCCCCGCUUAACUCUUGGUCUUCGCCACCCGGUCCUUUGCCCAGGCUCUCCGAAACGGCACCAGUUCCAGCGGCAGAGGGCCGCAAGUGAAAGCAUGGACCAAGAAGACCGUGACCCCCACCAGACGGACAUCAUCCAAUACAUCGCCCGGACGGAUGACGUGGCGUUCAGGCCCGUCAGCGGGCCGUUCCUGCCCGCUCCAGCCAGCUCCACCUUAUCCCUCGGCAGGUAUUUUUCAGUAGAUAAGUGGGAAUGGGGCGGGGGGUGGGGCAGAGAAGACACAGGUGCGAUGGCAUGAGGAAAGACUGGGGGAGAAUUUCGGCAGCACUGCAGGAUUCAUGGGUUGGGUAGGCUUAAGAGUCAUAGUUAAAGGUAAAGGGACCCCUGACCAUUAGGUCCAGUCGUGACCGACUCUGGGGUUGUGGCGCUCAUCUCGCUUUCUUGGCUGAGGGAGCCGGCGUGGCCAGCAGGACUAAGCCGCUUCUGGCGAACCAGAGCAGCACACGGAAACGCCGUUUACCUUCCCACUGCAGUGGUACCUAUUUAUCUACUUGCACUUUGACGUGCUUUCGAACUGCUAGGUUGGCAGGAACAGGGACCAAGCAACGGGAGCUCACCCCGUCGCGGGGAUUCGAACCACCGACCUUCUGAUUGGCAAGUCCUAGGCUCUGUGGUUUAACCCACAGCGCCACCCGCGUCCCUAGCACUACCCGCGUCCCUUUAAGAGUCAUAGGGUUGCCAUAUUUCAAAAAGUGAAAAUCCGGACACUAAAGGUGUUGAGCUUUCAUUCCCUGAAAAAGUUGUUGGGUUUUUCUUUAUCUUUUUUUGGUCCAAAGCAUGCGUAGGCAAACUAAGGCCCAGGGGCCGGAUCCAGCCCAAUCACCUUCUAAAUCUGACAUGCGGACAAUCUAGGAAUCAGUGUGUUUUUACAUGAGUAGAAUGUGUCCUUUCAUUUAAAAUGCACCUCUGGGUUAUUUGUGGGGUAUGGGAAUUCGUUCUUUUUUCUUCUAUUUUUCCAAAAUAUAGUCUGCCCCCCCACAAGGUCUGAGGGACAGUGGACCGGCCCCCUGCUGAAAAAGUUUGCUGACCCCUGGUCCAAAGUUUAGCUUCUUUUAUUUUGCAAAACCUAAAAAAAAUAAAAUUGAAGCUUUUGAGCUUUUUUAAAAAAAGAUUUGCCAAAACCUACUUCCAUACAGUUUUCCCAGACAUUAAAGCAGUUUCUGCCUGGGCACUGUUUCCGACGGCCGAAUCCUGGCUAUGUGGAACCCUAUCAUAGAGUUGGAGGGUUAUUUAGUCCAAACCACCACCCCCAAAUGCAGCUGUCCCUUGCAGGGAUUGAACCUUCAACUUUGGCGUUAUAAUCGGGCAGGCUUUGCUGUAUCCGCAAAGUCUUCUCCUCUCCUUCCUGAGCUGCAGUGGCUCGUUUAAUAAGAACAAACGAAGGGGCUGCUGGAUCUAGUCCCAGUGGCCCAUCUUAAGUCCAGCAUCCUGUUCUCACAGGGGCCAAAAUGCCCAUAUAAUAAUAAUAAUAAUAAUAUAUUAUUUAUACCACGCCCAUCUGGCUGGGUUUCCCCAGCCACUCUGGGCGGCUUCCAACAAAAUAUUAAAAUACAGUAAUACAUCAAACAUUAAAAGGUUUCCUAAACAGGGCUGCCUUCAGAUGUCUUCUAAAAGUCUGGUAGUUGUUGUUCUCUUUGACAUCUGGUGGGAGGGCGUUCCACAGGGAGGGCGCCACCACCGAGAAGGCCCUCUGCCUGGUUCCCUGUAACUUGGCUUCUCGCAGGGAGGGAACCGCCAGAAGGCCCUCGGUGCUGGACCUCAGUGUCCGGGUAGAACGAUGGGGGUGGAGACGCUCCUUCAGAUAUACUGGACCAUAGCCGUUUAGGGCUUGAAAGGUUAGCACCAACACUUUGAAUUGUGCUCGGAAACAUACUGGGAGCCAAUGUAGGUCUUUCAAGACAGGUGUUAUGUUGUCCCGGCGGCCGGCCCCAGUCCCCAGUCUAGCUGCCGCAUUCUGGAUUAAUUGUAGUUUCCGGGUCACCUUCAAAGGUAGCCCCACGUAGAGCGCAUGGCAGUAGUCCGAGCAGGAGAUAACCAGAGCAUGCACCACUCUGGCGAGGCAGUCCGUGGGCAGGGAGGGUCUCAUCCUGCAUACCAGAUGGAGCUGCCUCGGACACAGGAGCCAACCAGUUGUCCCAAAGGGAAACUCGCAAGCAGGAUUUGAGCACAGGAGCAGCUUUCUCCCCUCCUGCUGUUUUCCAGCAGCUGGCAUCGGUGCGGUCCUUUCGCAGGAAGGACGGGACAGGCCAGUGCCCUUUUUCUAGAAAAAAGAGGUGCUGGAACUUCACCACGAGCAUCUUAUUUAUUCUCUUAUAACGGCAAUGGAAUAUGCAGAAAUGACGAAACUUGCCAGAAGAAGAAGAAAUCAAGAUAACAAUUUAAAAAAAUAAAAGAAUGGAAACGGUUUAUUGAAUACUUACAGAUAAUUUGUUAAAUGAUAAAAACAUCGGCAGGAUUAUUGUAAUAACCUGCAGUUUUGUAAGAGUACAGUGGUACCUCGGGUUAAGUACUUAAUUCGUUCCGGAGGUCCGUUCUUAACCUGAAACUGUUCUUAACCUAAAGCACCACUUUAGCUAAUGGGGCCUCCCGCGGCCGCGCGAUUUCUGUUCUCAUCCUGAAGCAAAGUUCUGAACCCGAGGUACUUUUUCUGGGUUAGUGGAGUCUGUAACCUGAAGCGUAUGUAACCCGAGGUACCACUGUAACAGCAAUGCAAUAUGCAGAAAUGGUGAAACUUGCCAGAAGAACAAGAAAUCAAGAUAACAUUUUUUUAAAAACAAAAGAAUGUAAAUGGUUUAUUGAAUAUUAACAGAUAAUUUGUAAACGGAUGAAAACAUUGGCAGGAUUAUUGUAAUAACUUGCAGUUUUGUUUUUUUUUUUUUUUAAAGCAAUUUAUUGGAUUUUACAAUAGGAAUAAAUGUAGUAAACAAUAUAACAUUCGUCUUAACAUUAUUUCACAUUUUCUUUGGACUUCCUCACAUCUCCCGCUCCCACCUUCAUCAUUAUAACAUUUUGUCAGCAAUUUAUCAUCUUAUUUAAGUUCUUAUAUCUCUUCGAUAUUUCAUAAUCUUAAAGUUCUCAUAAAGAGUUAAACUUUCACAAUUUUUCUUAUUUUCUUAAAAACUUCUAAGUUAAGUGGUGCUCAGUUAUUUAGUCUAGCAUCUUAUUCAGCAUUCAGUCAAAUCACAAUGCUUUUGUAGAUAGUUCUUAAAUUUCUUCCAAUCCUCCUCGAUUCUCUCUUCUCCCAGGUCACGGAUUCUGCCAGUCAUUUCAGCCAGUUGCAUAUAGUCUAUCAGUUGCAUCUGCCAUUCUUCCAGCGUGGGUAGAUCUUGAGUUUUCCAAUGUUUUGCGAUUAGUAUCCUUGCUGCUGUUGUUGCAUACAUAAAAAAUGUCUGGUCCUUCUUUGCCACCCCUUGGCUGACAAUACCCAAAAGGAAAGCCUCUGGUUUCUUAGUGAAAGUAUAUUUAAAUACCUUUUCAAUUCAUUAUAAAUCAUUUCCCAGAACGCCUUCACUUUAGGGCAGGUCCACCAGAGGUGAAAGAACGUUCCUUCACACUCUUUACAUUUCCAGCACUUGUUAUCUGACAGGUGGUAAAUUUUUGCGAGUCUGACUGGGGUCAUAUACCAUCUAUAAAUCAUUUUCAUUACAUUUUCUUUCAAAGCAUUACAUGCAGUGAAUUUCAAUCCAUUACUCCACAGCCUUUCCCAGUCCUCAAACAUAAUGUUAUGCCCAAUAUCCUGUGCCCACCUUAUCAUAGCCGAUUUAACCAUUUCAUCUUGUGUAUUCCAUUCCAACAGCAAGUUAUACAUCCUUGAAAGUAUCUUAGUCUUUGGUUCUAACAAUUCUGUUUCUAAUUUCGAUUUCUCCACCUGGAACCCUAGUUUCUUAUCAUUUUUAAAAACUUCUUUAAUCUGAGCAUAAUGUAACCAAUCUCGCACUUUGUCUUUCAUUUUCUCCAAACUCUGCAAUUUCCAAUUGUCUCCAUCUUUUUCUAUUAUUUCCCAAUAUUUUGCCCAUUUGGCCUCCAUAUUGGGUCUUUUUCGGGCCUUAGCUUCCAAAGGUGAAAGCCACCUUGGUGUUUUAUUUUCCAGCAAGUCUUUAUAUUUUGUCCAGACAUUAAACAGUGAUUUUCUAACAAUGUGGUUCUUAAAGGCCUUAUUUGCUUUAACUUUGUCAUACCAUAAAUAUGCAUGCCAUCCAAAAACAUUGUUGAACCCUUCCAAAUCCAACACAUCAGUGUUUUCAAGAAGUAGCCAAUCUUUUAGCCAGCAGAACGCUGCGGCUUCGUAAUACAACUUUAAGUCUGGCAGGGCAAAGCCCCUCUUUGUUUUGCAUCAGUUAGUAUCUUAAACUUAAUUCUGGGCUUUUGCCCUGCCAGACAAACUUCGAAAUGUCUCUCUGCCACUUCUGAAAGCACUCCAUUUUGUCCAAAACCUGAAGUGUUUGAAAUAAAAACAACAUUCUUGGCAAUACAUUCAUCUUAAUCGCAGCAAUUCGGCCUAAAUAACUUGCAGUUUUGUAAGAGUAUGUAUUUAAAGAAGAUGAAUGAAUGAGCAAAUGAAGUUAAUUUGGAUAUGCGAAAGGUAUUAAAAUGAAAUUUAAGGAACCGCAGAAAGAGGGGGAAGGAAGUAAAGUUUUGAAAUGUCAAGAUGAUUGUGAAAUCAGUGAAAUGUAUAAACUUGAAAAGUGAGUGUGUGUGUGUGUGUGUGUGUGUGUGUACCGUAUAAGAAGCACCAGACCACAAGACGCACCUAGUUUUUGGAGGAGGAAAACAAGAAAAAAAAUAUUCUGAAUCUCAGAAGCCAGAACAGCAAGAGGGAUCGCUGCGCAGCGAAAGCAGCGAUCCCUCUUGCUGAUCUGGCUUCUGGGAUAGCUGCGCAGCCUGCAUUCGCUCCAUAAGACGCACACACAUUUCCCCUUACUUUUUAGGAGGGAAAAAGUGAGUCUUAGAGAGCAAAAAAUACGAUAUAUGAACUUGAAUAGUGUGUGUGUGUGUGUGUGUGUGUGUGUGUGUACGUAUGAACUUGAAAAGAGUGUAUGUGUGUAUGUAUGUAUGUGUGUGUAUAUAUAUAUACCAGGUCUCGAUUAUCAUUUGCUGUUUUUGUUCCAUACGAUCCUAAGACCCAAAAGUUGUUUUUAAAGGGAAAAUGUACCUGUUGUGUUCUGGAUGCAGGAUAGAGCCGUCGGAGCAACCCAGCCCCCCCUCCGCUGAGCCCCCCGCUUUGGAGCCGCCACCGCAGCAGCCACCCACCCCCCUUUACCAUGACAUCUGGAGCCUGCGGGCAUCGUUGGAGAUGUACGCUUCGUCGGAGCAGGGCAAUGACCGGGACUCGGUGCGCAGUGACGGCGGGGAGAGCAUCUCUUCGAGCGGCGGCUUGCCCAGCUUCCCUUCUUCCUUGGCGGACGAGGCUGAAGGAGGAGAGGACAGAUUGCCGGGGAAAGCCAAGCAGGACAGCGUGGAAUCGGAGGCCGGGACCCGGAAGCUCCUGCAGAUGGACAGCGGCUACGCCUCCAUCGAGGCUCCCGGCGGGCGCGUCGGCGAGGACCAGACGGCCUCGGAGAAGCGCUACUGCUUCACCAGCGCGGGCCGCCGAGCCACCAUCUUUGAGAGUUUCGAAGGCCAAGAACCGGAGGAGGAAGACGAGGCCACGGAAGGAGCUUCCGGCGGGCCGCCGGCCCCAAGUCCGCUGGUUUGGGCCCCUUACGGGCAGCUCUUCCCCACCCGGGACGCGUUGCCCCGCCGGGACUACAGCAUCGACGAGAAGACGGACGCCCUCUUCAACGCCUUCGUCCGCCACGACCCUCAAUUCGACGAGUCGCCGCUUCGGGCAAAGCACCGUUCCCGGACGCACCUCCGGAAGCAGUGGCAGAGGGCCAAGCAGUACAGCGACCCCGGCGUCCGCUACCCGCCGGCCCUGGAGAGGCACCGCACGCCGUUGCGGAGGGGCGACAGCGUCAACUACCCACUCGAGGGGCGCUACCAGAGCACCCUGCCACGCAUCGUCAGCUCCGGGGACGAGGAGGCGGCACCGGCGACGGCGGAAGCCGGCGACAAAAUCCAGGUGAUAGAAGAGGAGCCGCCGGAGGAGGCCAAGGGGCCGCCCGAGCCGUAUGGCAGCGGCUGCCUCGAGGAUGGGCAGUGCCCAGGCCUAGGCGGCCUGGGCAGCGAACUGAUGGACAAGAUAACCGGGGGGUUGGAGGAAAGGAUGUAUGGGCGCUUGAAAAAACCGAGAGAGAGUCCAGGGUGCGUUGUGGCUGUGGCGGACGCCUCCCCUGACCACAGCCCAGAGUAGAGGAGCAGGGGGACGCCGUCGACUUCAGGGUGAGGUAGCCACCGCUCUCUCCACAGUUCCUCCCCGGGGCCGGCCUGGGAUUUGCCAGCCAACCGGGCAAUGGGGCGCACUAUCUCAGAGGACGGUGGCCCUGCUGGGGCAGGUACCACGCAAGGGACGUCACUGCGUCCUAGGGGAGUCGCCAUCCCGCAGACAUCCCUGUCUCUAGCCGGGACUCGGAGUCCGCAGAGGGUCGAGGGAAACUGGUCAAGGCUGCGUUUGUGCGACGGGCAGCGGCGGGCCCUUCGGCUUGGCCUUCCGCUUGCGAGGGGCCGGGGAGGGCGGGAUCUUGCUCCCAGCAGCCUCUGCUCCCUUCUCGCUGGUGCCUGAGAGGGGUUAGGGGUCCCGAGACGAGCCAGUUCUCCCUUCCCCGAGGCAGGUUUGCCAAAGCAAGCGCCUCUAUUGCACAGCCCGGACAUUACGUUCCCGAGGGGCUUUUUCUCGCUAAUAACAGGAGACCCCGGAACCUAGCAGAGGCCCGACUUUUACCUCACAACGUUCAAAAGAGCUGGUUGUAGCAGAUAACUAUAAAUGACUCCUUCACCUUUGCACACACACUCUCUCUCUGGUUUUUCUUUUUUCUUUUUGCAAGCAAUAACCUUCUCCUUUCCUCCUUCUCCCUCCGUCUGUCGCUGGGCGUCCUCUUGGCGGGAGGCAGAACCAACCUCGCCUUCCAGAUGGGACAGAAAAGCCUGCCCGCUUGGCCCUGAUCUCUCACCCAAGUUUCUUCCCAAUGAACUUUCGUUGGCGUGGAACUAGCUCCAGAAAUGUUAUUUUGCCUGGGCGGAUGAAAUUGCCAUGGGUUACUGCACCGGUUUGGAGCGGGUUGUGCCGUUUUCGGGUACGUACUUGGCAAAGCGAGGCAGGUGGGUUGCGGUAGAAGCAGCGCGCCCAACUUCUUUGAAAGCUCAGGCCUCCGUCUUUCCUGGCGCCCCUGCGUUACUCCUCCGUCGCCGAUUCUCUAUUAUCUCCAACUUUUCCCGUUCAACAAAAUUGUACGCUGUCCCCCCGCCCUUUGCUCUGGCUUUCCUUCCGGCGACACCAUCCCUUGCGCAGAGAUACCAAACAGCUCGAUUGGAAAAGGGAUGUCGGAGCUGCUAUUUGAAUGCUCCCAAGUUUAUAGUCCUCAUGUGAACUGGGCAGCGGAAUGAGAAACACCCUGGUCUUAGCGUCAGCGGAUGAUGCAGGGAUGACUGACGUCCGUGUGUGUCCCCCCCAGUGUCGUUGGACUGCUAGUCUCAGAAGCCAGGAAGUCUAGAGCCAUCGGAAAGCCGCCCGUUUUUUCUCCCCAGGCUGAGAUAGGAGAGCCGCGAGUUUGGGGGUAAGGCCCAGCGGAAGAAAAAGAGGGAGAUCAGCCAUAGUCCUCACGCGCUCGGCUACAAAAACGUGCCUCUUCCGACACGUUAUUCCACAAUCUGCCCCGUUCUCCAAAUCGAUGCAAAGGGAGUCUCUCUUUAAUUUUUUAAAAAAUUAAUUUAUCCACAUUUGUGGUUGAAGAAAAAUAAUAAUGAUAUACAGGUGAAACUCAAAAAAUUAGGAUAACAUGGAAAAGUUCCUUUAUUUCACUAAUUCAACUUCAAAGGUGAAACUAAUUAAUCUCAGAAAAUUUGAAUAUUCAAUGAAAUCAGCAAAACAAGGAUUGCAGAUAGAGCAAUAUUGGACCUCUGAGAUGUAGAAGCGUCUCUCGCUUUGCAUGUCACGAAUUUCACCUUUUAAGUUGAACGACUGAAAUAAACGAACUUUCCCGCGAUAUUCUAAUUUUUCGAGUUUCACCUAUACGAGCAGGCGGUUUUAUUGCGCCUUUAAUUUUUAAGCAGAUUAUAAGGUGGCGGCGGCAAGCUUUUUCUUUUAACGUAUCGUUGCUACUACGCGGCUACAAGCACAUCGCUUGGGGAGGGGGCAAACUGACCCACCCAUCUCCCAAUACAGCCAUGCAGGGGAUGUGUGCCAAAUCUUUUACGUUUCCUAACUCCCCCCCCCCCCCGUGCUUCAAUUCCUUUGCAUGUCAACAGGGGGAGGGGUUCGGGGAGGAGUGGGGUGUGUGUGCGCCUGGUUGGAUGUGUGGGUCCUGCCCUCCAGUUUUCAUUUUUUUUUCCUUUGAAAAUCAACGUCCAAAGCACUACUUGAAGGGAUGGGGAAUUGGGGGGGGGGGAACGGUCAGAAAAGAAGAGAAACUUAAUUUUGUAAAAGCGAAAAACUGCCAGAGGUGUGGCAGGGCGAUCCCCCCACCCCUUCUUCUUUUGGAGAAUGUGAGAAUAUAUAUAUAUAUAUACACAUAUAUUUAUUUAUUUAUUCCAAAGUUCUGGCUUGUUUUGCCACCUCGCUCUUGUCAUUGUCGAAACCGUCAUAAUCGUCUAGCUUGGGAGUCCUGCCUUGCAAGGGGGGUUGGACUGGAAGACACUUCUGUAUGUGGGUUGUGUGUGGGGGGGUCUCUUCCAACUCUGGCCAUCCUAUGAUUUCAAUUCGUCUUUUUUUGUCGGCGGGGGGGCAACGCAAAGCCUGUUUUCCCCUCCCCGCUUCAUAAAAGCAGCAGACCAAACCACGAACCUCCUUUUUCCCUGC